AUGACUCCUAGGGUCCUUCUCACUGGCGCAACUGGAUACAUCGGUGGCGACGGCCUGUUUGCCAUUGCCAGCGCUCAUCCCGACUGGCAGCUCACGGCCCUGGUUCGCAGCGAGGACAAGGCUGCUCAGGUGAAAAGCAAAUAUCCGCAGCUUCGGACUGUGAUUGGUGAUCUAGACUCCUCUGACCUGAUCGAAGAGGAAGUCAAGAACGCAGACAUUGUCUACAACUACGCCGAUUGUGACCAUGUUGCCGCAGCUCAAGCCAUUGCCAAGGGAGCUCAGCAUCACACCCCCGAGCGCCCAUUGUGGCUAAUCCACACCUCCGGCACAGGUAUUCUGACCGUCGAGGACCAGCGCGCUGGCAGCUACGGCAUCGAGCGCCCUAAGCAAUACAAUGACUGGGAAGGCGUCAGCGAGCUCGUUAACCUUCCUUCAGAUGCCCUCCAUCGCAACGUUGAUGAGAUUAUCCUCGGUGCUGGGCAUAAGAACCCGGCCAGUGUCAAGGUUGCAGUCGUCUGCCCGCCUACUAUCUACGGUCCUGGCCGCGGCCCUGGUAACACCAAGAGUAUCCAAGCCUACUGGCUUAGUGCUGCGGUGUUAAAGCGCAAGCGAGGCUUCUUGGUAGGAAAGGGUGAGAAUGUCUGGCAUCAGGUCCAUGUCCACGACUUGAGCAAUGUCUUCCUGGCUCUGGGCGAGGCAGCCUCUGUCGGAGGUGGCAAGGCUACUUGGAAUGACGAGGGUUACUAUCUCGCUGAAAACGGGUCUUUCGUUUGGGGUGAUAUCCAGCGUGCCGUUGCACAGGCUGCUUAUGAUAAGAAGCUUAUUGCUUCCCCUGAUGUUGAGUCUAUUGAGGGUGCCGAGGUCACUAAGCUCCACUCUGCUGGAGUCUAUGCCUGGGGAUCUAAUUCCCGUGGUAUCUCAAUCCGGGCUCGCAAGCUCUUUGGUUGGGCGCCCCAAAAGCCUAAGCUGAUUGACCUCAUCCCUGAGAUUGUCGAGGUUGAGGCUAAGGCACAAGGACUGCUGUAA